AUGGCAGUCUCCCUAGGUUACGUUGUGUCUUUCUUACUUCAUUUGUUGCUGCUUCCCUUGAUUGUGGCUUCCACACCCGCUCCUCUCAACAAUGCCGGACAUUCUGCCCAAGUCGAUUCGCGACAAGCUUCCCAGGAGAAGCCGUUCCUGUUGAGAAUCAUGCCCCUCGGCGCCUCAAUCACGGCCGGCGUGGGCACGAAUCCCCAAAACGGCUAUCGCAAGCCCCUGAGAGAUCAACUGAGAUGGCGUGGCUGGCCGGUCAACAUGGUCGGCAGCAUGGCCAACGGCAACCCUGUUGCAUUCCAUAAUCGACAGCAUGAAGGGCACCCCGGAAUCGUGGUCCGGCAGAUGAUAGGGGUGGCGAACGACACGGUGCAGGAGCGGAAGCCUAACCUCGUGUUGAUCAACUGCGGGACAAACGAUGCCGACCCUAGCAAGAACCAGGACAUUCCUGGCACUGGGCGCCGGAUGGAGGAUGUGUUGGAGUUUCUUUAUUCGAGCAUUACCGACGUCACAGUCAUCCUCUCAACACUCAUACCGCGCAAAGAUGCAGCCAACGCGAACGUCACCCUUAUUAAUAACCAAUAUCGCGCUCUGGCACAGCGUCUUGGAAACGAGGGAAGAAAGAUUGUGCUUGCAGAGCUAAAUAAUGGUUUUCUGGACCCCAAUACAGACUACGCCGUGAACGAUAACAUUCAUCCUAAUGAGAAAGGGGCUGCCAAGCUGGCGGCAGUCUGGGAUCAAGCCAUUGCCGAAGCAGAGAGGAGAGGGUUUCUGACCGCACCCAUUAAUACUGGAAUCCCUGACUAUCACGACAGAGAUGAUGGAGGUCCCGUUGAUACCACAUGUGAUGUUGAACGUGGGGCAGGUCGUGGUCCCAUCAAAACCCAGGUUGGCUAUGGUUUCGACGACGGUCUCUAUUCCCACGCCGAGGGAGCUACUCGAGACCUGAAUCUGGGCACAACGAAAAUCCCAAACCCAAAUGGAGCUGGUACUUCAGUAUCCUUUGCACAGCUGGUCAACGUCAACAAUAUUGACCCAGGCGGGGAAAGAGACGAGCUGGUCUAUUGCACGGAUACAGAACCCGACAAGACCGCAGGUUCUUGUAUGAUGCUUCUCAACGUCAACGGCAAUUUUCCCAAUAAUCCAGUGAGGCUAGACGUGGGCUUGAGCUGCCUGGCCCGAGGAAUCCGCUGGGGCGAUGUCAAUGGAGAUGGCCUAGACGAUUUUAUCUGCAUAAAUCUGUGUGGAAAUAUGUAUGUGGCUAUCAACGAAGGAGGCAACCCCCCGAAGUUUGUUCCCACGGGGAAUGGGGGUUUAAUACGAGAGGGCGAGCCAUGGGGCGGCCAGGACCGGGUUCGUCUCGGGGACAUGGAUGGGGACGGGCGCCUGGACUACUGUGCCAUCGACGACCAGGGUGACAUAUACUGCUGGCGCAAUGGCGGCGUAGGUCGGGCACCUACUGAGGCUGAAGGAGGCUCUUGGCAAGACCUGGUUGGUGGCGAGCCUACGUUCUAUGCUCAGCAUGAAGCCGAAGGGAUCGCCGGUGUCCAUCUUGUGGACAUCAACGGCGAUCGCAGAUCCGACUGGGUUUACGUAUACAAAGAUGGUAGUAGCAAGAUAUUCGUAAAUCAGCGUGGAGACUACGACAACGAUGGGAAAGGACUGCGACCACACUGGGCGAGGGCUCAGAAAGAGCAUGCUGCUAUCUCUUUUGUGACAAGCCCAGGGCAAGUCUACUUUGGCCGUGUGGAGGGGACUGGGCGAGCUGACCGGGUCGCGAUCGACACGUCCGGUACGAAUGGUUUCAAACUCCUCGGAAACCAAGGCAGCGGUGGGACAAGACGAAAAGGUGAUGGGGUUUUCUACUGCGACAUGUUUGGUAGAGGCCGUGAUGAUUACCUCUGGGUACUCUCUACUGGAGAGAUCACACUGUUCGAGAACAUUCAGGCGCCCCCAAACUGGGGUCAGCAUGGUGUGAUCAUCAACAUUGACAGGGAACGGAAGAGCAUUCACUUUGGUGACUGGGAUGGGGAUGGUCUCUGCGAUAUCCUCGCGGUGGAAAGGCAUACAGGGCGAGUCGAGUGGUGGCGCAACACUUUCAAGAAUGGGGACAAGUCACCCACGUUUGAUGGACCAAAGUGGGUGGUCGAUGGGGGAAGUAACUUGUGCACAGAGGGCUGGGGCACCGGCCUAUAUGGUCAAGGUCUAAGAUUCGCAGACUUAGAUGGUGACAAGCGAGUCGACUAUCUCUGUAUGGGAAAGGACGGCAGAACUGUCGGAAGCCUGAACAAGGCAAACGGUCUGGAAUACAAGGGUCAGAUCAAAUUCGCACCUACAGAGAGGCUUGAUCGUGCCAAUUUCAGAUGGGCUGAUGUGAGCGGCGACGGUCUUGUAGACUUGAUAUGGGUCAACAAGUCUUCCGGAGUUGCACGAGUCUGGAAGAACGGCGGUUUUAUCCCCGCAGGGGGCAGCAGCAUGACGUGGAUCGAUCAAGGAUUUCGUUUCGACGGACACGGCCGUGGCGAGAACAUCCACUUCCCCAUACUUGGCAGCCAGGAACGCGCAGACUAUCAUGACGUCUAUCCAGGCACUGCCAUGGCAAAUACUUGGUUCAACGAAUGUCUGAAUGUGAGAGUUGGUGAAGGCGUCGAUGACUAUCCCGAACCAUUUGAUCCAAUGCUGCCACUUCCUCCAACAAACACCUAG